GCCCUUCUGUAAGCGCACGCAUAAUGAACCCUAGAACCGAGAGAAAUCUAAUGAGAAAACUUUUGGUGGCGACUCUUUCGAGGAGAACUUUGAAUCUCUGGAAAAAUUACUUACGAAGAAGCUAGCCAUUUCAGAUGAAGAUGUUGAGAUGAAUGCUCACAAUAUGGCAAACAAAGAAAGUCAACUUUGUCUCUUGGGGAAAAUCAUUGCAGAUAAGCCUCUGAAUAUUGCUGGAAUAAAGGAAGCUAUACAAAAGUCAUGGAAACACACGAACAAGGUUUUUCAUUGUUGACCUUGAACAAUGAAGUGUUGUUGUUCAAGUUCAAUCAUGAGGUUGAUAGAAAUACAGUGUGGAAUGGACGCCCGUGGACAGUGAAGGGAUAUCCGCUAAUUCUUCAAACAUGGUCUUUGGGUGUAAGGGUGAGUAUGAUCGACUUUAGUACAACAGUUUUUUUGGAUCCAUAUUAUCGAUCUCCCCAUUGAGUGAAUGACUAAAAGUGUGGAAAGGCAAUUAUCAAGAGUUGCAGGGAGACCGAUAACUGUGGAGACUGUCAUUAAUAGCCCUUCUGGGGCAGUAAUGAAGGAAAUUGGUCAUGGUAUGAUUUUCAAUACGAGAAACUUCCAAUCUUCUACUUUUUUCUGUGGAACCCUGGGCCACGAAGAAGCUAGAUGCUACACCAAAUAUGCUUUAGAAAAUGACUUAGAGAAAAAAAGGAAAGUCCCUUCCAAAAAAGGAAACUCAAGGGCCGAGUCCAUGCUCCUUUGGCCCAUGGCUCUGUGCAAAUAAUUUUUAAAGCACGACCAUGAUGAUUAAGGAUGCAAACUCAGAGAUGCCAAGGGGAAGAUUUGAACAGCUCCCAAGGAAGAGAGGGUCACCAGGGUGAGGAUCCAAAUCCAUUAUCACUAACGAUCUAUAUGGCGCUCAACCAAACGUUACCUCUCUAGAGGUUCAAUACAACACUUCCCCAAUGAACACCAGUCCUCUGAAAAGAGACGACAGGAACCUGUUUCCCCACCAUUGGAAAAACUUUGCAACAGGUAAGUCUAGCCGGCUGGUCCCCGAUAUGCCGGAGACGGAGAAGGGAAUAGUGCAGGUCAGCUUAGUCAACCCUUGGGAAUGAAGAUCAACAGGGAUUGGAGGAUGUAGCUCGAAGCACAGAUAGCCAAACCAAAGAGCCAGAGCAUGUUACUAACAAAAGUAUGGAGAAGACUCUCAAAAUCCUCCUCAGCCUAGUGUCUUACUGAAAUAAGCUAUUGCAUGCAAUGAGCCUCUUUCCAAUCUGAUGAAUGGCGGUCGGACCCAAGAAAGUCUUCUUGCAACUAACCAUAAUGGGAAAGAGACUAUUGAUCUUAAUGUUAAGGUUUCGACUCCAAAACCAAUCCCGAUGCAAAUUGAUCCCCCCUUUUCUAGCUCAAGUGAGCAUCUUGAGAGCGAUCAGGCUGGAUUACGAAGAUCAGACCAGACUGUAGCAAAUCGUAUCCCCACUCCCAAGGUGAAGAGGGCCUUUUUUCCAGAUGUUCUUACAACUGAUGAACUAUUGCAUGAACCAUGAAAAAUGGCAAAACUCAACGUGAUCCACAUCAACAGGAAGAAGAAGUUGUCAAUUUUAUCGUCGAUGGAGGUGCUGUCCCGGCUCUGGUGAAGCAUCUUCAGCCACCACCUCAUCCGAGAGAAGGCGACGAUGGUCCGAAGCCGUUCGAGCACGAGGUCGAGAAAGGCAGUGCUUUCGCUCUUGGGCUUCUCGCUGUCAAGCCUGAGCACCAACAGCUCAUAGUUGAUGCUGGUGCUUUGUCUCACCUUGUAGACCUGUUAAAGAGGCACAAGGAUGGUUCUAGUUCCCGGGCAGUCAAUAGUGUUAUUCGCAGGGCAGCUGAUGCAAUCACUAAUCUUGCUCAUGAAAAUAGCUGGAUUAAAACCCGUGUCAGGAUUGAAGGGGGAAUUCCACCUCUUGUUGAGUUGCUUGAGUUCACUGAUACAAAGGUACAGAGAGCAGCAGCUGGUGCACUUCGAACUCUGGCAUUUAAAAAUGAUGAAAACAAGAAUCAGAUUGUUGAGUGCAAUGCUCUUCCUACACUGAUUCUAAUGCUUAGGUCUGAGGAUGCUGCUAUACAUUAUGAGGCGGUCGGUGUCAUUGGGAAUCUAGUGCACUCAUCCCCAAACAUAAAGAAAGAAGUUCUCCUUGCUGGAGCUUUACAACCUGUUAUUGGAUUACUCAGUUCCUGCUGUUCGGAAAGCCAAAGGGAGGCAGCUUUAUUACUUGGACAAUUUGCUGCAACAGAUUCAGAUUGCAAGGUCCAUAUUGUGCAAAGAGGUGCAGUUCGCCCUCUAAUUGAGAUGCUUCAAUCCCCAGAUAUGCAACUUAGGGAAAUGUCAGCCUUUGCACUGGGGAGAUUGGCACAGGAUACACACAACCAAGCUGGCAUAGCUCAUAAUGGUGGGCUUGUGCCUUUGCUGAAGCUUCUAGACUCAAAGAACGGGUCUCUGCAACAUAAUGCUGCUUUUGCUCUUUAUGGCCUUGCAGAUAAUGAGGAUAAUGUAUCUGAUUUUAUAAAAGUUGGAGGUGUUCAGAAGCUGCAGGAUGGGGAGUUUAUUGUCCAAGCUACCAAAGAUUGUGUGGCAAAGACACUGAAAAGAUUAGAGGAGAAGAUCCAUGGACGAGUAUUGAACCAUUUGCUAUACCUGAUGCGCGUAGCAGAGAAACCUGUUCAAAGACGAGUUGCUUUGGCUCUUGCUCAUCUUUGUUCCCCUGAUGAUCAAAGAGCGAUUUUCAUUGAUAACAAUGGAUUGGAGUUGCUGUUGGGGCUUCUUGGGUCAACAAGUCCAAAGCAGCAACAAGAUGGUUCGGUGGCACUGUAUAAGUUAGCUAAUAAAGCUAAAUCACUUUGCCAUAUGGAGGCAGCUCCUCCAUCUCCGACACCACAGGUCUAUUUGGGUGAGCAGUAUGUAAAUAAUGCUAUACUUUCCGAUGUUACAUUUCUAGUUGAAGGUAGGCGGUUUUAUGCUCACAGAAUUGCUCUACUUGCUUCUUCGGAUGCAUUCCGUGCAAUGUUUGAUGGUGGCUAUAGGGAGAAGGAUGCACGAGAUAUAGAGAUUCCUAAUAUACGAUGGGAGGUUUUUGAAUUGAUGAUGAGAUUCAUAUACACGGGAUCAGUAGACGUUACAUUAGACAUUGCACAGGAUCUCCUUAGAGCUGCAGAUCAGUAUCUCUUGGAGGGACUUAAGCGUCUGUGUGAAUAUGCCAUAGGACAGGAUAUAUCUUUGGAGAAUGUUUCAAGCAUGUAUGAACUUUCAGAGGCCUUUCAUGCCAUGUCCUUAAGGCAUACAUGCAUCUUGUUUAUUUUGGAGCAGUUCGACAAAUUGAGUACUAGACCAGGGCAUUCUCUUCUGAUACAACGCAUAAUUCCUGAGGUCCGUAACUACUUUUCCAUGGCACUUACCAAGACUAACCAAAGACACAUGCGGAUAUAGUGUAUCGCUAGUUGCUUAAAUCUCCUAACCGGGCGAUGGAUAAUGAAGAUUGUAUAGUGGGAAACUUGCCAUUGUCAUCACUGGAAUUAUGUAGAGGAAAAUGUUGGAAGAAUGUGACGCACAAUUUCUUUGAUGUGGUGUCUCGUUGUCGGUGGAAUUGACGUGCUUGUUUUUGUCAGAAUACAGACUAUCCAUUGUAGGGUUGGUGGGAGUUUUACAAUUUAUGCCCUAUUCCAGGGCAGUAGAAGCAGCAAAUUGAAUACGGGAUGCUUGAAUCAAGUCACUUGUCGGCACACGGGCUGCUAUAUAUAGCUGUUGAGGCUCGAAAAGGGAUUCUAUAGUUGGAGAGAGGGAGUGAUGAUUCGACCCCAUGGAAUAUUAAGAAGCUAAUUCAGUUUGAUCUGUAUACCUGUCUCGUCUGAGAAGUAAUGAAUUUCCUUUCCCGUUCAAAAAGAUACUUUUUUUUUUUUUUCGUCGCUUCAGCGUUCAAAAAGAAAGUUGUCGAGUUUGAUCGCACCGGUUGCCGCUGUAAAUUCUCCAUUCGGCACUGGUCCUGUUGAUCUAUUUGUAUUAUCCACCAGGUGACUUUUUGACCAAUCAAAUUCGACACUGAAAGAAAUUUGACCAAUUAUAUUCGACUAUGAUAUGUAUGGGAAACAUAUGAUAUCUGAAUUUUUUGACCAA